AUGCAAUCUCAACCUCACGUGUAUCAACAACAUCCAGGCAACAUGCCACAACCAGGAGGCAUGCUUCCUCCUCAAGGCAUUCCAUCAAAUUCAAUGCAGUUUAGAAAAAGACCCAGCGAAGCUGAUACACUCACAAAACACAUCAAGUGA